AUGCCGGACCUGGAGGAGAUGGGAGCGGAGGGUUCCCCGGCGAUGACGUCGCACGCCGGGAUGGAGACGACGUUCGCAGAAGGUUCCGGCGGCACGGCGUCGCCGUCCAUGCUCGCGAUGGCGUCGCUCGAGGUGAACGACCGGUUGCAGCACAUCGACGAGCUCGUCGAAAAGGGGGUGGACCACGUGCAAUCGCCGCUCAAGCGCCGAGGGACGCCCCCGAGGAGCUUCUGGGUCGAGGAGCCCGACGCGCACAGCGGCGGUGGCCUCGGCCUCGGGGGGCUCGAGCGCCAGGGGAGCCUUCGGCGGCAAGGGUCGGGGGGUGCGGGGCCGAGCUCUAACCGCAGCGCGAGGAGUCACGGAAGCGACGACAUCGUCCUCCCGGGGAACGCGGGCGCCGCGCGAGGGGGGGGCGAGCUGUGGAGGCCCGACGGCCUCGCGUCGCCCCCGGGAUUCGCGAGCAAGUUCGCCAAAAAGCCGCGCGAGGAGGCGGUCUCAGCCGACGGGAAAGGGGUGCAGGAUCCCAACCACGUGGACGCGCAGAUGGACGCGUGGCUGCGACAGACCGUGGAGCGCAUGCCGAUCAAGCCCGACCACGUGUCUGGGGUGAGAGGACCGCUCAUGAACGUCACCGCCGUGGACGAUAAGACCGUGGACGUGGUGAUGACCACCUCGUUCAGGGCGCACUUCUCCCAGCCGAUAUCGCAGCUGGGCGCGGGCGCGGGCGGCGGCGGUAACAGGCUGGAGCUGCCCGCGCCGGGUUCCGUCGGGGACGGGGCCGGCGCGGGAGCCGGCCGCAUCAGGGAGAUCGGAGACGGGGGAUCUAGAGAGAGCACUAGAUCGGCGGUUCCGACCACCCCGCUGGGCGAACGCGCACAGCUGUCGCUCCGCGCGGGGGCGUACCCGGGGAGCACCGGACGUUUCGCCAUCGCGUCGCCCGACGAUUACGUCCAAUCCGGGGGCAGCGGGGGAUCUGGCGGGGGGUCGCCGAAGAGCUACGAGCAGAACCGCGCGCUGGUGGCUGGCGGCGACGUGCCCCUGCUGAACACCAUGAGGGAGUGGGAGAUUGCGCCGGCGGAUGUUCAGCUCCACGAGCGCGUCGCCGUCGGCGGCUUCGCCGAGGUUUUCAGGGGGACGUGGAACGGGACCAUCGUCGCGGUGAAACAGCUGCUGGAGCGCGGGCAGGACGUGGUGACGCGUUUAAGGGAGGAGGCGGUGGUUUUGUCCAGGCUUCGUCACCCGAACCUGCUGCUCUUCAUGGGGUGGUGCGCGGACCCUCCGUUCAUCGCGACGGAGUUUAUGCGUCGCGGUUCCCUGCACAACAUCCUGCGCAGGAACGGCGCGCCGCUGGGGGGUCCGCGGACGCACCACGUGGCGCUGUCCGUGGCCAGGGGGAUGCAGUACCUCCAUUCGCGGUCGCCGCCCAUCCUCCACCUCGACCUCAAGUCUCCCAACAUCCUGGUGGACGACAAGUGGCGGGUGAAGAUCGCGGACUUUGGCCUCUCCCGCGUCAGGCGCAACACGCUCCUGUCUGGGAGGAGCAACAUCCACGGGACGUUCGAGUGGAUGGCGCCGGAGAUGUUACGCGCGGAAAACUUCGACGAAAAGGCGGACGUGUACUCGUACGGAGUCGUCCUGUGGGAGCUCCUCUCCGCGCCGCUGACGCCGUGGAACGAGCUCAUCAACGUGCAGGUGGUGGCGGUGGUCGGGUACGACAGGCAGAGGCUGGUGCUGGGGCUGGCGGCCGAGGAGGCCGCGAGGGAGGACGCGGCGACGCGGACGAUCGGUGAGCUCUUCUGGGCUUGCGCUGGAAACGACCCUCGGGGCCGUCCGACUUUCCAAAAGGUGCUGGAGAGGCUGGAGGCUGCGCUGACGCUCAUGCUGCCCGGGCCGGACGGGACCCCGGGGGCCGCGGGGACGACACCCAAGGGAACGACGACGUUGGAGGUCACCGCGGGGCUGGGGAGAGUCGCGGGAGAGGGUGCGGCGGGGCCGCCCGCGAACCGGGGGGCGUGGAGAGGCGCGUCUCAGAUUGAGACGCGGGCUGACGAGGACAAAAAUAUCGCGAAGGGCCCGACUGGGCUGGUCAUCGAGGAGAUCGCCGGGGAGCGCGGGGAGGGCGCCGCGAAGGACGAGGAUGAGUCUGGAGUGCCUUACGUGGUCGACGAGGACGGGCACUGA